UCUGAGUACGAUAAUGUGUCCCUGAGGCUUGCAAAAUGGCCGCCAUCUCCCUCCUUUGCCCCCGCCAGCCUUAAAAACCCUCACAAAGCCUUAAAUAUCAGUGGCGGCGUCCGUUUAUCGCGUGUAGUAUUCCUCGUGAGUACCUCCCUGCCUUCCCGCCUUACUCUAGUGGCUCUAACCCUAACACGAGACCGGGCCCGCUGAGGUAAGGAGAGCGUCCCGCCAUGGCCGAGGUGAAGCCCCCCGCGCGUCCCCCGGGCCCGCACGCCCUGGCUCCGGCCCUCAGGAUGUCGCUGCCCACCAAUUACCGGCAGGUGGCCAUGAUGGGGCCGGCACCCACACCUGGACCCACACCCUCCUCGGCCCCCUCCAACCCCUCCGCUACCUGUGCGGGGAAUGGAGGAACAGGGAGUAACAAAGACCGGCUGGCGCGCACCCCCUCCACCCCAGCGUCGUCGGCCAAGGGCGUGGGGGAGGCUAACGUGCCGAGUCCCUUCUCCACCCCCGUCCACGGCAACCCUUCCUUCAACCCUCAGAAGAUGGGCACUGGCAAGGGAGCGCACAGCGGAGAGGGUCGCAUCCCCAAGCCCCCCAAGGCCCCGGACAAGCCCCUGAUGCCCUACAUGAGGUACUCGCGGAAGGUGUGGGACCAGGUGAAGGCCGCCAACAAUGACCUCAAGCUGUGGGAGAUCGGCAAGAUUAUUGGGUCCAUGUGGCGCGACCUUCCCGAGGCCGACAAACAGGACUUCGUGGACGAGUACGAGACGGAGAAGCUUGAGUAUGAAAAGGCCAUGAAAAGCUAUCAUGCUUCCCCCAGCUAUCAGGCCUAUCUGAGCGCCAAGACCAAGGCAGGCUCGGCAGCACUGGAGGAAAAGGAAAUCCUCGACCGCUCCUCCUCCACAGCCGCGGCAGGCACCAAGCUGGACCGACGCAUUGACAUCCAGCCGGCGGAAGACGAGGAUGACUACGACGAUGGGCUGAGCGUGAAGCAUGUGUCGCACGCCCGCUACCUUCGCAACCACCGCCUCAUCAACGAGAUAUUCUCCGAUACUGUGGUCCCGGACGUCAGGAGUGUGGUCACCAGCCAGCGCCUUACUGUCCUCCGCAGACAGGUCCAGUCUCUCACCAUGCAUCAGAAGAAGCUCGAGACUGAACUUCAGCAGAUCGAGGAGAAGUUUGAAGCCAAGAAGAGGAAGUUUGUGGAGGCCGGGGACAGCUUCCAGGGCGAGCUGAAGAAGGUCAAGGCCAUGGCCCCUAAGCUGGACGAGGGCUCCUUCGCGUCCAUGGUGGAGCGCCAGAAGGAGGUCCUGCGUCGUGAGGCCGAGGAGCGUCAACGGACGGCCCAGGGUCUGCCCCCCCGCCCCGCCUCCACCUCCUCACCCCAGGCCCCCAGCGCAGCCCCCGCCCCAGCUCCCGCCCCCCAGCGUGAGGAGAGCAACGAGGCGGCCGGCCCUGCGCCCCACAACACCGCCACACCUGUUGAGGCCAUGCCCUCCCCCGCACCGCCACAGCAGGAGGGUAGCGAGUCUAGUACCGAAACCGACUCCAAGCAGGAAGCUUCCGCCUCCUCCACCUCCUCCACCACCUCCACUACUACUGCCGCUACUCCUACUACUACUGCUUCAGACACAACCACUCAGGACGCUCCACCCACCACCACCAACCCCUCCUCCACUUCCUCUCCUCCUCCCUCCACCACCCCUGUCUCCAGCUCUGUUGUCUCCUCCACCUCCUCCUCCUCCUCCACCACCACAGCCUCCGCAGCCUCCCCCGCCCCCCCUCCCUCCACCCCAGCUGUCAAUGGACCUACAAGUGGUGUCUCCACCCCUACCCCCACCCCCUCCCAGACCCCCACCCCCCCACCCCAAGCCAUGCCCCCCUAUCAUGCUCCCCCCAUGCACCAUGCAGCCCCCUCAGCCCCUCACCCCCCCCUUAGUGCAGCCCCAGGCCAGGCCCCAGCUGCUGCCCCUCCUGCCUCAGCCCCCACCCCUCCCCCAGUGCCUCAGCCCCCCCAGAGUGCAUUAAUGCCCCCCAGCACACACCCGGGGCCUGCAGGCAGCCCCCUCCCCCCCGGUGCUCCCCCAGGCCAAGGGGUCAUGAUGGCCCAUAACACAGGGAUGCCCCAGGGUGCCCAGAUGCCCCCGCCUCUGCCCCUGCCCCCACGCACCCACCGGCUACCCUCCAGGUCCUCAUGCCCCUCCAGGUGGUUCCCCAACACCCCAAAGCUCCACCCCAGGGGCCUUAGCACCCCGAACUCUGCCCAGGGAGCCCCAUGCCCCCCACAAUGCCCCCAGCCCCACAUGCCCCACAGCCCUCAUAUGCCCCACAGCCCCCACAUGCCACAGAGCCCCCACAUGCCACAGAGCCCCCACAUGCCCCACAGCCCUGCCCCAGCCCCUCACAGUGCCCCAGGACCCAUGCCCCAGCACCCCUCACAGGCCCCCCACCCUGGUCAUGGCCCCAUGCCUCCCCAGCAGCCCCCCAUGGCCCCACCCAUGGCCCAGCACCCCAGCACCCUCCAUGCCCCCUGGCACCCCAGGGUGCCCUGCCCCCUCAUGCACCCCAGGGGCCUCCUCCUGCCCCCCAGCCCCCUCAUGCUCCUCAACCUCCCCAUGCCCCCCAUGGCCCCCAGCCCCCCCAUGGCCCCCAGCCCCCCCAUGCCCCCAUGCAACACCCCCAGACAGCCAUGUCCCCCCACCCCCAGGGCCCCAUGCCCCCACAUUCCACCCCAGGGUCCAAGCCCCCCCAAUGCCCCAGGCCCCAUGCCUCCACACUCCCAGGGCCCCAUGGCUGGCCACCCUCCCCCAGCCAUGCCCCCCCAAGCCCCAGGGUAUGGGGCCAUGAUGCCGUCUGGACCGCCACACGCCCCGAUGCAGCCCCAGGCCCAGCCCCCACCCCAGGGAGCUCCCAUGCCCCCUGGCAUGGGCGCCCCGCCUGCCCCGAACUCCCCAGCCCCGCCGCAGCACCCCCCGGCGUGA